GUUCUCUUUGCGGUCAGACCGGGCAGAGUCAUCCCGAGGGGUGGGUCCUCCGGCAGCAGAAAAGGAAAACCCACCUUUUUUCAUUGUUAAGGACGCGGUGGAAUGUGAUGGUUUGAUCUCAGCCUGGCCAGGGAGGGGAAUAUCCGUGAGGAAAGGACCAACGAAAGCGGUUUAUGUUCAGGGGGAGCCGUGAACGCACCACCAACCCCCCCUCCUCCGGUCGCCUCCGGUUCUCCGGUUCCUGCCUCUAGUCGGAGAGUAUGCGGAUGAACUUGUCCUCGCCGUGUCGUCUCCGUCCGCAUGAAGUCAUAUGAAGUUGUGGAUUUACGGUCGUGUUUUCCGAGCCGGAGCAGAUAAAGGAUGGAGACUAUGCAGGGAGGAGCCUAAUGUGUCUCAGACUGAAGGAUGCAUGUGAAAUAUGAUGACAAAUUUGUCUGCUAAAAACCACGCCGAGGGAACUUCAGAGUCUUAAAGUGACAGCCUCAAAGAGACAACUGGGACUAAAGAGCAAAUGAAGACACCUUUGUUUUCUACUUGGUCUCGCUGAGCAGAACCCAGAGGACCUGUCAUCACUACCACACAAAUGUGGUCCUCCCAAAACGUAGUCAAAUAACCUGAACAGCGAAAUAAAAACCAUCCACAAAACACAAACACCUUCGCAGCCAUGUCUGAUCAUAAAGACAUGACACAUCGUCACCUGCGGCACAAGCUGCAGAGUCUUGGCCGAAGAUUGGAUGAACUGGAAGAAGCCACCAACAAGCUGCAGAAGUCUGAGGAUGAGCUGCUUGAUCUGCAGGACAAAAUCAUCCAGGCAGAGGGCAGCAACUCAUCCCUCCUUGGUGAUGUGGAGGCACUAAGGAAACGACUCUUAAAGAUCCAGGGGAAGGAUGAAGAGGUACGCAAAGCUGAGGACCUCUGCCGCACAGUCAGAGAAAAACUGGAAGAGGAGGAAAACCUUACCAAGGAACUCAAAGCUGAGAUUGAACGUCUACAACGACGGAUGGCGGAGCUGGAAAAACUGGAAGAAGCUUUUGGGAAAAGCAAGUCUGACUGUAGCCAGCUCUGCCUUAACCUCAAUGAGGAGAAAAACCUAACCAAGAAGCUCUCGUCUGAGUUGGAGGCCCUCAAAGCCCGUCUUAAGGAAGUGGAGGGGUCUGAGGUGAAGCUGGACAAAGCAGAGCAGGCUUUGACUAUGGAGCUUGAGAAACUUAAGGGAUUCACGCAGACAUUCGUUAGUGAGCGUAAGAGACUACUGGAGAAACAGAGAGAAGAUGAGAAAACUAUUUUGAAGCUGACGGAACAACUGGAGCAACAGAAGAAUCGCCUUGGGAUGUCAGCAGAUCCGGGUCGUGCAGACUUUAUGAGGUCACGAAUUGAAGAUGAACUGGCAUCCACAGGCCUUCUCACAAGUAAACUGACUGGACGCAACAAGGGCCUUGACUACUUGAAGUUGGCGGAUGACAAUAUUGGUCUCAUGAACAAAUCUCAGAAUGAGAAGAACAGCACCCUUGAAGGUUCCCAGGAGGAGGACAAUAAAGUAAAAGAGCUUACCCUGGAAGUAGAGAGGCUAAAGAACCGCCUCAAACAGUUGGAGAUAGUGGAGGAAGACUUGAAGAGCUCAGAGUCCAAAAAUGGGGAACUUCACGAGAAGUUCCAGAUGGAGCGAAACCGGGCUCGUCAGCUGAGUGAGCAAGUGGAACAGCUUCGGACACAGCUGUGUGGAAAAGUCAUCGGCGGUAAUGGACCCAGUAAUGUGGAUAAACUCGGCAAUGGAAGCAGUAACAUUUGCCUCAACAGUCCUGCUAAGGUUCUGGAAAAUGGCAAAGCUGAGAACGAAGAGGUUAUCAUGAAGUCAGGUUUCAGGCAAGAGAAACCAAAACACAGGAAUGCUGCAGCCGUCUCAGAACCAAGCUCCCCCAAACACCGAAACAGAGAGCUCUCUCCUCAGCAUAGACGAGAGGCCAAGCUGAAGAAAGAGCUGAGCCACUCGGACGAGAGUUCACCUAAGUCUGCAAGGAGACCCCUUAGUCCUGCUCACAAGAGUAGACGGACGCCCAAAACCCCUACUACUGCAAUCCCAUCUGAUAAUGGACUAAGAGGAACUGAGGAGAAAACAAGAGGAACCACAUACAGUUCUGUAAAUACACCCUCUAGUGAUAUCAAAAAGGUGUCUGUUCUUAGUCGCUACCCUCCAGCUGCUAAUGACCAGAAGCCGCUGAGAAGUGCUCACAAACAGCCGGACGGGGAGAGCAAAAAGAGUAGAGUAGAGAAGUUCUCAAAGCUGUAUGUAGGUAGUGACAGUGAAUCCAACAACUCUGACAUCGUGCCUGACAGCACUGGUACUGUCAACAGUAUCUCUGCGCUAGACAAAGAUGCAGCCUCUGUUUCAGACCAGGAGUCAUUAGACCAGGUCCAGGAGCCUGUAUCUGUCACCUCCAGCCUGUCCAAAGCCAAUGGAUCCUACACAGCCUACAGAUCCCACGUCACUCCACUGCUGCCCACUGACCAGGGGUCAGAGGGUCAUUCAUCUGCCUCUGAAACAGAAUCCACUGGUUCAAGGCCCUCUGAACCAGAACCUGUAACUGAGACACCAGCUGCAGCUCUAAGCAGUCGGAUUACAACCUCCAGAUUUCCUAGAUACUCUCAUGUCCACGAGUCACAUUCAGAGGGUUCCUCCUCCAGAAGUUCAUUCGAUGAGGAGCUGCACAGCAGGACGCAUUCAGCUGAGGGGGGCCACCAGGGGCCUGUGCAUACUACAGCAGGGAUCGAGAUCCAGCGGGUGUGCAGCCCACGUGAGGCACUGAGGUCAAAGGCUGUCAUCAAGCCUGCUAUUGUGGAGAUAGACAGGAAGGAAAUGAUGAUUUCAGAGUCUUUAUCCACCAACGGCAAACCCAAAAUCUCCACCAAACCGAUUGUAACCACCACUAGUAAAAUGACAAGUAGUAUAACCAUCUAUCCCAAUGACCCGAGCUCCUCCAGGACCAGCAGCCGCAGCAGCAGCCUGUCAAGUGAACCAGCACCCAUUAAAGAACGUCACACCUCCACCAGUAAUAUCCUUAUAGGCCCCAGCAGUGAACACCAUGGCAGCAUCUCAGUCCCUUAUGAGAUCUCCAUCCCCAAAAGCGAUAUCACCUUGCGGUCGUGCCAGGACCAGGACUGCGGAGGGGAAGGCAACGACAUUUGUCCAUCAGGGUCCAAACACCAUAGCACUUCCAGAAUGGAGACCACCACCAGCCAUCUAUGCUGCCAGCGCAGUAAAUUCAGCCUCCAGUCGCUGGACGCUACCUCAGCGGACUUCAACGACACCGAGUCAGGCUUUGAAAGCAGCAGCAGCAGCAGCACGGCCACAGUCACCAGCUGGAGGAGCCCCAGACAAAGCCACCUCUCCACUGAUGACGGUUUACCAGACAUGAGGAAUGUGACUGUUAGAAGCACAUGGAGGAACAAGGGGACACCAACAGCGGAUGAGAUGGGACGAGGAAGAGGAGGCACCAGGGCGCUAACUGAUGGAGGGUCAGAGGACGAGGCUGAAACCUCAACGUGGAGGGCAUACCGGGCAACGACCAUUGACACAGAGGAAAGUAUGAACAGUGGAACAGGAGCUGGAGGGAACACUGCAUCACAGAGGGGAGCCAAGCCGACCCCUGCAGAGGUGUACAUGCGUAGGAUUAACAGUGUGGUUACUAACACUAAAGAAGUGGAGGAGCCGGUGGUCCGUCGAGGAAAGCGCUCCCAGUCUCCCGCCAUGGAAGCAGGAGGUCUCGGACGGACUAUACCCCACGCACCUGUUACGUCUCAGUCCUGGGGCAGAUCAUAUACACCACAACCAAUGGCUGCUGAUAACAUGGAGCCCAUUCCGAACCCGAGCCACAGCCCGGCCUCCUGGAGACGGCACAUACCCAGCAGCGAUUCACACCACCUGGGGAGUUCUUACGACCGGACGUCCAAGACGACAGGGGCCUCCUCCAGAGGGGAGCUGUGGUCCAGUCGGGGUCAAGGGUCAGGGGCCAGAGCCGAGGGGAGGAGCAGCGGGGGGAGCCGACCGUGGAGCCACCGCCAGUCUGAACAUCACUAGACCGACCAGGUCUGAGCAGGUCUUCUGUAGAAUAGAGGGCAGCACUUCAUUAAGCUCUCAAUGGCGGAAGGAGGGUUGAACACCAGUCUUUCAUCAACUAAUGGCUACACCAGUUACCAUCAUCUCCAGGCAACAUCUGCAACUUUAAAAACAAAGCAAAGAAAAGGAACAGAGCAGCCAUCCAGAGCUACAAACUCCAGACCUGACUCCCUUUCUCUGACACUGAGUGUAUCCUUCCUAUCUGGAAUCUGUUUUGUCCCCACAGUGGCAUAAAUGGAAAGACAGUGAAGUGCCUGUACAGUGUUUUUCAAGGUCACCUCAUCAGCCCAUGUAUCCUCUUCUGCUUCUUGCGUUGGAUGUAUUAUAGUGUAAUCCUGAAACUUGACAAGGGAGAGGCUGGCAUGUUGGUGGACGGCUGGAGAUUUUUCCUGCGAACCACGGAGGGUUUAAAAAGAUGUGGAGGGACUCAAGAGCUGAGAAUGUGUUUCUCAGAGGACCAGGACAUAUCCACAGUGGAGCUUUGUGUGUCUCUUUUGAAACAAGUCAGAGUUUCAGCCUAUCUUUAUCUAUAAAAAGACCAUCCAGUCUUCAGUAUGAUAAAGAUGCAUCUUCCCAUCACAGGGUCAGCUCAUGUUCAGUCUAAAUGAUGCCUACAUUAAAUGUGACCAAAAACAGGAAGCGAAUUACACUCUUUGAGGACUUGCAUCAUGAUAGUCACUUUGCUUUAACUAAAACCCACAUCAUAUCUUUUUUCCCGAGCAUGUUGAACUUUUCUCCACAAACCAUGCAAACAUAUGCACAACAACAAGCAAACACGCUGAUUUUAAUCUCCAGGUUUAUUUUCAACCCGUGUCACCACUUUUCUGGCAUGCAGCAACCUCAAACUGGAUUUAAUUUGGAGCCUAAGAUGUUCAGAGAACACUUGCAUGUUUCGAAGUCAUAAAUGAAGAGCACUUGGAGGAUUGUGACUCAGCAUGCACUCUGCCUAAAGGAUGACUGGUUGGCCACACUUUUAGGAGCACAGACACACAUUAUUUCUUGCAAACCAGGACCUUAUUUAAGCAUUAUGCCAUUCUCGUCGGCUAUUUUGAUUCUCCGUAAUUCGCUUCCUGUUCUGCAUCAUCCUUUCCCCUUUUGCUCGACCAUGUCAAGAUACAAAAAAAAAAAACGUAGUUUGCACGCAAUGAAAUGCAAUGCACAUGUAGAAAAAUAAGAAUGAAAGGGGGGGUCACUGUUUCUAACCUCAAACCAUGCUACAAUUUCCAUGGUGCUUUGUUUUACAGCUAUUGCAACUGUCCUCUUCCACUCAUGCAGAGAGAACCAUGGCAAUAUGGAGGUUACACUCAAUAUUGGACUUUGGAUUACCAGCACACCCAGCCAAGGCCAAGGCGGACAUAUUUUCAGUGCUGCUGUAAAAAAUAAAAUGCCAGCCAGUCAUAGGAAAGACACAAGGGGUUGGACUUGUCAUUGUACAAGGAACUGACUGACUGAUCAGCUUGUAACUGACUGGGUUCGCCGUGCGAAUCGUCCAAACUUAUCUCCUUUUCUUACUUCAAUAGAGGUGUACUAUUUUGUUAGAUCAUAAAAUAUCAACUUCAUGUUGGUAUGUUGGAGCAAUCUCUCAUUUGUGGGGGACGCAGCAGCAAAGAUGGUGCCGUACAAACAGACCAUCGGCCAGUAAUAAAAUAAGGUGUAUUCACUGAGCUGAGUGGCUCAUACCUGUGACAGAAACCUCACUAAGGGUGUCAGACUGAUUGUUCUGUAAAGAGUCCUACGAAAGGCUCCAGCUGGAUUUUACCUGACACCCAAUUCACUGCAGUUCGACAGGCAAUGUGAAAUCCUGUAACAAAAAUUGAAUGUUGCUCUGGAAUGCAGCUGAGAAUUUGCUUGAUGGCUUCAUGCACCAUUUCAACAUGACAAGAUCAAAAAACUGUGACAACUUGGGACACAUAGAAGAAGUUCUGAGGCCCGAUCUCCAUCCGGUUCCUCUGGAUUUGAAUGCUGUUGUGUCAGAACCUGCUGGGAAGUUCUUGUGUAUUUUACCAGCCGCCAUCUAGCUGUAAUAUUUAUUAGCCUGCAUAUCAAAAGAGGCUCUUUUAUUGUGAAGAGAUCUGCCAGGUGAGAGGGGCUCCAUCUUUCACUGCUUUGUCACUUUACUGUUUAUGCAAACAGGAGAUUACAUUAUGCAAUCAAUUAACCCCCCCCCACACACACACACAUACACAUAUAGUGUCAGGAACAUGGAGUACAUACCGACGACAGUGACAUGUCUGCUAAAGUCAAACUCAAAAGUAUGUUUACGUUCACAGUGCACAUUUUCGCAGAUGUUUAAUUCUUCGUUACCCUGGAAUAUAAAUAUUUAAAUAUAUCUUUGUUCAUCAGUGCCUUCAGAUACAGUGCACUAGGUGGAUUGUCCCAAGAAAUUCAGACUCAUACCAUAGUUUUCCACUUCCAGCGUGGAUAAAUGAGAUGUGAUACUCACGUUAAGGUUUUCUUUUUUUAUUUAUUUUAUGGGAUAUCAUAAAAGUACAAUGACUUACUAUGGCCAAAAAAACUAAAAUUCCAAGACUAAAGCUGUAAAUUUAUUAGAAAACAACAGAGAAAUCCUCUGAGAUUAAAGUCCCAAAUUUGCAAGAAAAAUCUCAGACGUUCUCUGGGAUUGAAGUUAUAAAUGAGGGGAAAAAAGUAAUUUAUGAAACAGCGUUUACGAGGCUUGAUUAUUCCAUCAAGCCACAGUAUUUUCCAAGGGUUUGGGACUCUUUUUUUUCCCCUCAUAGAUUUAUGAUUUUAAUAUUGCAGAAUAUAAAAGAUUUUUUCUUGUAAAGUUACAACUUCAAUCUCAAUGUUUUCUCUGAAUAUUACCCUUUCCCCUCACUGUUUUUUUUUUUUCUUUUUUUGGCCUUUAUACACUGUCAUAUAAAAGUAUUUUGGUUUAAGUAAAACAUUUCUCAGCAGGAUCUCCUCCCUGAGAGAUGUCAAACAAGUAAAUGCAAUUUUUUUCAAAGCCAACUUCAAAGUUCUCUUUGAAAGAAUAUAGACCACACUUCCCAAAAAGCUAUGUCGUUUGGAUUCGUGUGUCGCAGGGUGCAGCGCAGCCUCAGAAAAGCAUUGCCAUGUGGCCUCUUCAUGGUCGCUGCCGGCUUUAUGAUAGAGCAAAAACAGACCAGACAUACUGUUCAGAGCUCUUAGUGCUCAUGCCAGAACUUGAUGACCAUAUAGUCCUUCUGUGCUCUCCUUUGGAAAGCGUUCUCUGUUAUUGUUUCUACCAAGAGGGAAUGCCAUCUCUGCCCAAAUCUCUCAUCUUAUAACACAAUUUUCCUUUUGGUAUUUCAGAGAAACCAAGCAUUUUCACUCCCACUUUUCAUCUUCUGCUCCUCCCUUUCUCUGCAUCUUCUUUUUUUUUCUAAAGGGAAUGCUUUGGUUCUGAACAGCAGUGAUAUGUGUUGUUGGUUCAGGAGUUGUUUUAUUGAAAGCCAGAUGCCUGUCUCUAGACGGUGAUGGCCAGGUCCCUCGGUAGCUGAAAGGUCAGAGGUCAGGGCUGCGGCUAAUCCUGUCUCUACGUCUUGACUCAGGGCUUCUAAAUACAGGAGAGCUUGGCAGUGAUGUCCACUUCAGAGCUAAUUAAAACAGAGGAGGGUAUCCGAUGUCCUGUUCUGCCAGAACUCAUCCUGCCAGAGAUGCAUGUGGACAUCCAUCGCUGUGUGCUGUUAUUAAUAUGUUGGUAAGGUCUGUCAUUUAACGCUCCUCAUGCGUGUGUUGUACGCUGCUGCAGAUUCCCAAGUAAGAAGGCACUGAAUAACAUGUGCACGUGUAAGACUCUGGCAUGCAUGGCCAGAGACUGUUUUUAUUUUCAUCUGUGUGGGUCAGGAUUACUUUAUAAAGCAACACGGUGAUGCAAGCCCCAACACUUUGCCCCCAUCGACCCUUAUCCUGCCUUACUGCAGCCAAAAAGUUCUUACAUUACGUGUUUCCUUUCACCCAGAAAAUUAGUCUACCAUGUACCGGGCAAUGGAGCCAGCUGCCUGCCAAAACUUCACCAAUAACAUGGAGGUAAUUUCCCGCCAAAACUAAAAAACAAAAAAUUACAAAUACCCUCUUUGCACAGAAGAGGGUAUUUGUUAUGCAUUUUGUUUUACAGCUUCAAAAAUAACUACAGCAUGCCAUCAUUCACCCUCUAUAACAAGAGGUAUCAUUAUAAGUAAGAUGAAAAGUGCUGGUUUUGUGUUGAGUUCUGACAAAUGAUGCAUCCCAUUCAGUUUUUCAGACCAUAUAAAGAUCAAAUCAAAUAUUACCCAUAUUCCAUUCUUGGAUGCUUUAGUUUAUUAUUACCCAUUUGUUACCUGCAGGAUUCAGCAGAUUUGAUUUAGAGAACACUAAGAUUUGCAUUUCCUGUGUUACUUUUAAGCCAAUGUAUUGUUACAUGUAUGGGAGAUGCAUUGUGAACCUGAAAGUGGCUAAAAUAUUAUGCAGAAGAUUUUGGCAAAACCCAUAAAAGUCAUUUGACCUUUUUUUUUUUUAAAUCUCUGUAGAAUUUAUGUUUUUGUACUUAUAAGACUUGUUGUAGAUACUUCUGAAACAUGUUUUAGAAAUACCAUGUGUAUUUGAUUGAUAUAUUAUUUUAAUUUCCACUUUAGUCUGUUAGUCAUCUUCUUUUUUUGAACCCAAACUGUGUCAGUGAAGUGCAGGGCUUUUGAAAGACAUGUUUUGCUUGUUAAGUUUUGGCAGGAAAUUACUUCCAUACAUGUCCGUACUACAUCUAUACUACACUGUGCAAUCUCAUGUCAUUCAUUUCUCUCUCUCCCAUUUCUCUGCCAUGAUACAGCUUUUACUACCUUUCUUACCUUUUACUCAAACUUACUCCAACCCUCCUCCCCAAUUCCAGCCUUAGGUCCCAGGAAAAGCCCAGCUGUCGGAAACUGUAGGUUUUAUGACGCGUUGGAAGGUCUCCCCUCCUGGAGACGGGCUUCAAAGAAAGCAGAGCUUUUUUAAGGGCAAAGUUGUAACUCCAUCCUCCGCUAUGCAUGCUGCCUUUCUUCCUUACAAGGCCCCAAAGUACACUAACACCACAGCCAAGCGACUGUACAUCCACUCCGUCCAUUGCUACCCAGCUGGGCUCUGUGUAACAGUAAGAAGACCUGCACCUGGACUAGCAUGAGUCCAACAAUUGUGGCUUCUGAAUGUAUUUUGGGGCAGCCCGCCACCGUUAUAUGUCUUAUCCAUUGCUUCCAGUAGUGAGGGCCUGCAUAGUGUUGACAUGAUGGAAUGUACUGACUGCUCAUCUGGGACGCAAGUGAAGACUUUACAGAUUUCAAGACCUCUAUGGCUUCUGUGGCACUGUAAAGAAGCAGCUGGGUUUGAGGUAGUCACUUCCUCUCAUCUGUGAACGACAGCGGUUUUGUAAAGCAUCUGUCAAAUCAGAACGCAUAUUUAAUGGAUCCAUAACAUGGAUGUGGAUGAGAUGAUUGGAAAUGUAGGCAGUAGUUUACAGCCUGGUAAUUAUUCGUAAUAAUGGGGGAACUGUUUGAUAAUAGAUGUAAUUGGCAAGUGGAAACAGGUAACAGCUUGGUAUUAACAGUGGGUUUUACUAAUGGACAUUUGUACUUGGACACCGAUACAUUAGCUAACUCCAUUUCUAAGCUAACAGCUAACUAAGCUAGUAGCCAGUGCACAUGUUUCUGGAUAGUUUUAAGUUUUUAGAAUAGUGUAGUGUUGUAUUUAGAGAAUAUAAUCUUACCUUUGGAUUCAGUAGUUAUGAAACAGACUCAGAUUUUAUCAGUUAAAUCACUUUUGGCAGACAAAUUGGCUACUUUUAGCUUGUGAGCUAACAGGUAGCAUUUGCUACCAAGCUAGCAUUAACUGCUGCUUGUCUGAAGAGAAAUGAGAAAAAUAUUGAAAUUGUUCUAAGAUUUUUGAAAGCUUUUGAGAAAAUAUUUCAUGGCAGGGGGCCUAGAAGUCAACCUCACUCCAACAAAUUAUUUAUUUUAUUAAUAAUGAAAAUAUUGGAAAUCUUCAAUUUCAAUAGCACCAUUUUUUUUUUUAACUAAAGACACAUUAAUUUAUUAGAAGAAUAAUAAAAAUCCUCAGUUUCUCUUCUUAGUUAAACCUAAAGAUAACAUUACUGCUACUUCAUUCAAAUGUCCAACACAAAUACUCAUACAAACUAGCAUUAGCUUAGAAAUGAGGUUAUUUAAUGUCAUCAAAUGACUGAGUAUUGACCCUUUAUCCCUUCAUUAUAAUAAUACUGAGCUGUCAUGGAGAGUGUUUGCAAAAUGUUCCCUCAGUGAAGAGGUGGCUACUUAAAUUUUGUUUUGGUCAGUUUUUCCUGCUCCAACAGAGAUCCUCUAAAGCUCUGCUGGUGUGUGUAUAAACAUCCGUUAUUUACAAGUCAUUGUUUUUCCCUUUCUAUAAAGUAGACUAGAAUGUACUUAGUGGAGAUUGGAAAGGCUCUGAGUGAGCAGUGAGCGGACCCUCGGCGUCAAAGCCUCCUUUGUGAAGCCCAGGUCAUGGUGUCAUUGGGUGGCAUAGGCUGUAAUCUGCACUUAACCAGCACUUAACUUUAAGACCUCAAACAACUAAUGCCCCCCCUUAGGUCCCCUUUGUCUAAAAGUUUCCUCUUUUGUGUCCUGGAAUGUACAGCAAGCAUACAUUUUUGCACCAGACGAAAAAUUAAUCUCAUCUCACCUGAUUGAAACGGAACCUGAACUAUGUUUUGUGCAUUUUUUUCUCGAGGUAUGGCACCCUGUUAAUGUCUCAGCCUUGUCACGUUGUGCCAAAAUCAUUCCACAGUAUUUCCAGUUUACAGUUAGAGAUGGUGCCAGUGUUUCCCCAGAUGGAUCCCCUGUCUCUAAGAUAUACUGAAAGAAACAAAGGGGAAAUAAUCAAGUUGAGGGUUUUUUUGUUUUCUGCUUAUGUAUGUUUUUAUUUCUUUGUUAAACAAAAGAUGUCUUAUUUUGGAAGUUAUAUCGGAUAGAUUUUAUUUAAGGAAAAUCUUGUAAUUUUGUAAAGUGGGCCUUAUUAUUGAAAUAUAUUGAGUAUUUGUCCAUCUUGAUUUUAAGAAUGAUAUUUUUGCGAGAUAUUGUAUCUUCCUCGUUGUUGUUACACUCCUGGAGAGUUCUUCUACUACUACUACUACUUCUUCUUCUUCUUCCUGUAUUUUGUCUUUUGUUAUUUUUAAUGCAAGACAUUUCUCACGACCUGGAGACACCAUGACACACCAUGGAUCACCAAGUGGGAAGGUUUCAGAGAGAAAGGUCACACGGUUGUGUCAUAGUCAUUGAAGAACGAGAGCUAUGUGCAUUUUAUCAGAGCUGAGCAGGUCCGCGGUGCUGAGCGCUUCACCAUGUGUCGUCCCGUUUUUAUCGGGAACUACUCAGUGUUUCAGCCUCUUUUUUUGUUCUCUCUCUUUCUUUCACUGUUGUGAUCUCCCUCGCUCAUAAAUUCAGGGUUAGUACAUCUUCUGUGCUGUAUGUUUUGUAAGUGCUGCCAAAGAAAGAGUGCAGGCCUCAGAUGCACAGAUGUGUGUAAAUAAAUCUCGACAGGCAGAUAUGAAUAGGAUUUAAUAAGAGUUCAACUGGAUCUCAUUUCUUUUACAUACGUACACGCACAGACACAACAAAUUCAGGCCUGUACAAUCAAACCCAGGGGUUGGAUCUGCUUUUUUUUUUAUCGUUUCAUUGAGUGUUUAUAAGUUCAUUUUGUGUGCAGAAGAAGGAGACUGACAGACAGAGGUGUCAAACACAAUGUUGUAUGUAAUGAAAUCAGAUGAAAAGGCUUUUAGGAUUUCGAGCGUUACUUCUCAGUGUGUCAGCAGUGGAACAGAGUGGGGAGCUGUAUUUUCUUUUUUUUCUGUUUUAGACUUAAUACAUUGUGCAUGUUUUAACCUUACUGUGGCUGGCGCACUCUGCAUGUAGGUCUCUCAAAGCUGCCAACUGUACAGCAGACCAUAUGUAUUCCAAUAAAAAUAAAAACCAACCUGUUUGUAA